AUUUCAUUCACUAAUAACUAUCGACUUUUCCAUGUGUUUCAGAACGAUUACGCUCUGAGACCGGCUUUUUUGGGAAUGUAGAUGGGUUACAACACCCUUCUCCUUUCCGCCUUACUCAUCAUAACUGCUCAGGCUGCGUCUAUACUUGAAUUCCGUGAUCUUGUAGAACAACGCACAGAUGGCAACAAAAUUCGACAGUGCCCUUGCGUCCUUCAUCCGGAAAGCGGCCGAUGUAUCGUCUAUGAUCCACGAUAUCAGGCGACCAGCAUUGAAGAGGCGAUGUACACCUUCCCUGACUUAAGCAGACACGAUGAUAUUUAUGACACGCCGAGCAGUUUGAUGACGGUCGAACCGUUCUUCUGCAGAACAGCUGAAUGCCAACAAUGCUUUAGUCUCCUCUAUUAUCAUCUUAUCGACAGAAGAAUCAUUGACCGUUCCUUUCGGCCUGUGACGCAACUCCUUGACCGAAGCAGUUUAAACCCCUCAAUGUGUCCUCGAUACGUAUUUACAACUGGCACAUAUAGCCCUCCUCAACCAGUUUCCGUACCUGUGCAUGUCCGAACAAUGAUAAGAAAAGGCAUGAUGAGUGCGGGAAAACCUUGGAUACAGAGAGACCCAGUGGCCCAACACAGCAUUCGACAACCGCAGUUCACUGAGCCUCAGUCUUUUCAACAACCCCGUUCCCGAGGCACACAACAACCCCUGCAGCAAAUUUUUGAACAAUCACCAAGAGAAGAAUCACCAAAGCGAGGUUGGUGGAACCCUCCACAAGAGCCAAGAGUUGCCUUCGAUGGCACGAAUACGAUAAAUGGGCCGUCUCCACCGGCACGCACACAAGCGCUUCCUCCUGCUCCUCGCCUUGCUCCCGCUCCUGUUCCUCGCGCACUACCGCCUGUUCCCAGGCCAAAUGUGGCUCCUCCUCCUGCUCCUCGUCCAGCACUAGCCCCUCCUGCGACUGCUCCUCCUCCUCUUCCUCGUCCUCGUAUUGCUGUGGCCCCGCCUCCAGGUGCUCCUCCUCCACCCGUUCCCUUUGGACCACCACCUCGUCCAAUUCCUGUGGCGCCUCCACCUCCACCUCCCGUAGCGCCUCCUCCGCUUCCACCACCACCUCCACCACCGCAUCCGCCACAUCCAGUACCUCCUUUUCCUUUCAGAACAGUAAGGCGUUCCAAACGAAGAUCUUCACCAGUCAUUGGUAAACGAGGUAGUAUCUCCUGCACCAAUCGUGGUGAAACAAAUCGCGGAGAACCUGACGAUAACUUGCUCCCGCUGUGUGGAUUAUGCUGGGUAUGGAGAAAAUUACCUGAUGAUUAUUUCCCUCAAUGGCUUAACGAAGCGAGUUGUCAAGAGGGCGACUUUUGUUUGUCAGGUUGGGGAUCAUGUGUGGAACAAUUCCGAGCUAUAGAUGUCCUCCACAAAGUCAGAGGAAAAUGGGAACCGAAAACGUUGGCUAUAGCGACAUGUUGUGACUGUAAAGUGCGUGCUGGUACAGAGGCUCAUUCACUUGUUAUCGGAGAUCGUAUUGGAGACCGACGUUCUUGAUGCUUUUGUAAAUUUUUGAAAACAGUAAUUCAUAAUAUUUUAGCAAUAAUUUAACUGUAUACCUCAUGCUUUGAAGGAGACAUCAGCUUUAUCAGGACUCCUCUGGAACAUGAGCUUACUCUUUCACAGCAGAUUCAGUCCUUACAAAAGCAUCAUUCGCUUUUUGAAAAAGGAAAGAGAUACUGUAGUUGCGGGCACUACACCUCGUAUCUCGCCUAAGAAUUUCAGAAGAAUGUACUGUAAUCAUUCACGAAAUUGUGAAGCUACAUAUUUCACCGUGUCUUGUCUUGUUCCAUGAAAGAACGAAGUAAAGACAAAUAAUAACAUUCUGAUAAUUUUUCUUGAGCAUAUUUGUUCAUCUUCCCAAUGAAUUAUUCAUUUUGACUGAAA